ACCUCAUCCCUUCUAGGUGAGAUGUCAGAAAAACUAAGGAGAUGCAGGAAGGAACUGACUGCAGCUAUAGACAGGGCAUUUGAAGAUCUCACAGCUCCUUUCUGUCUCUCAGAAGAUUGCAUCAAUAAACAGAAUUCAGACUUGCAGACAGAGACACCUUCCUCCUUGCCCCAAAUGAACAGAGUUAGUUACAGAAGAGAUCCUACUUCUACCUUAUCUUUCUAUCUCAACCAGUCUGCAGCAGUCUCCUGUGUGCUGGAAAAAAAGAAUCCUGUCUUCAUACCAGUAAGCAUUGCCCAAAAUCCCUUAUGCCCAAAGAGAGAACCUUUAACAAGUAAGGAAAAUACUUGGCUACGUUCUUCCAUUUUUGUGUCUGACAGACAACUUCCAAGAACUCUGGGGGACAGAGAGAGAUGGAGGAAAGGGCAUGCGAGCAAAGAUGCUGAAAGAUGCAUGAAGUCAGAAGCAAACAUAGCUGUCCAUGUUGUCUCCCAAGACAUUCCGCAGGCUCUUCCUGACACACCUGGGAACCCAAACAGUUGGGGUAUAGAGGAGUUAGCAGGCCAGCUGGCCCUAGUGAAUGAGUUAAGCAGAGUUCACAGGCACUCAGGUGAGCCCCCCCUGAGAGAUGAUGUUUUAGCCAUCUUUAUGGAUGCGAGCAGCAGUUCUGAAAUAAGGCACCGAAGACCAAACACUGAGGAUGAAGAGAUUAUCCAAACAGUGCUGGAUUUGGAAGAGGAUUACACCACAGCCAUCUCUGCUCUGCACCAGCUGAACUAGGGA